AAAAGCUAUUAACCCGGAAUAGGGUGUACCUUACCUUGUUAAAUCCCGUCUCAAAUUCAAUAGAAUACAAUACAGUGAGAGAGAAGAACGGCAUCAACAUAAUAAUCAAAGUGAAACAAAGAGAAAGCCCUAACGCGAUACAGACAAAGUUCAUCAGCCAUGGCACUUGCUUCUCGUCUCGCAUCCAAAUCCAAAUUGCUCUAUGGUAGUCAAAUGCUUGUGCAAAAGGAGUUUUCUGUUCCAGUUCGUCACUUUGCUAAAGGCUCUGCCCCUACUGCCCUUAAGGGAGAUGCGAUGUUGAAGAACAUUUUUGUGGAGGUGAAGAACAAAUUUGAGACAGCCGUUGGAAUAUUGAAGAAGGAAAAGAUCACCAUAGCUCCAGAGGAUCCAGCUGCUGUUGCUCAUUAUGCGAAGGUCAUGAAAACAGUCAGAGAGAAGGCAAACUUGUUGUCAGAGUCCCAAGAUAUUGCAGCCACCAUCAAUUUGGAGACACAAGAUAUUCCAGAUGCUCGGACUUAUCUUUUGACCGUGAAGGAAAUAAGAACCAAGAGAGGUCUUACAGAUGAUCUUGGUGCAGAGGCUAUGAUGUUUGAUGCAUUGGAGAAAGUUGAAAAGAAUAUAAAGAAACCUCUACUGAGAAAUGAUGAGAAAGGAAUGGACCUUCUCUUGGCAGAGUUUGAUAAGAUCAAUCAGAAACUUGGAAUUCGAAGAGAAGAUUUGCCUAAGUACGAAGAACAGCUGGAACUUAAAAUAGCCAAAGCUCAGCUGGAGGAGUUGAAACGCGAUGUUGUUGAGGCAAUGGAGACUCAAAAGAAAAGGGAGGAAUUCAAGGAUGAGGCUGAGGCCGUUGACGUCAAAACAUUGGACAUCCGGAACUUCCUUUAAAAAUGCCUUCCAACAUAUUUUUAUACAUUUGAAAUUAUUGCAUUCGGAUAAUGGUGUUGACCGUGUUUCUUCAAUAAGUAGACACCAAUGAUUUCGAAGUUAAACACUGAUGCCAGUUUGUAGAUUCUUGAGUUUCAAGGUCUUUUUUGUUUCCUUCUGAAUUCCUGGUUAAAACUGAAGUUGAAGUAAUCAAAUGCUCUAAAAUUUUCCUCUCACGUUUUAUGAGUA